GGAAAAGUCCAGAACGAGAGCGUACCUGGAUGCCUUGGGCGACCUCUUUAGUCGGCGGGCCAUCCCGCAACCAGCAGCAAUCUACCUAUCGCUCAGUUCCAGCUAUCGAUACGUCACCCGCAAGCUCAACUCUUUGAACACUCCCCGCUCUGUGUCGGUUUUGCAGCGGCAACUUCUCCAUUUACUCCUUCAAUCAGCUCCGCUUGAUAUCCCAUACCACAAUCGUAUUGCCCUCGGCUGAUUACCGAGCUGAAGCGAUAUCUCUUACCCCGCCCUACCCCUACGCUCACCUCCCCAACCUUUCCAGUGCAGUGCCACCAUGGCCUCUUCCGACCUGGACCAGCUCAUUGAAAUGGGCUUCGACAAGGAAAGAGCUGAACUUGCAGUGGCCAAGGGCAACGGCCUGCAAGGUGCUCUAGAAUGGCUCGAAGAAAACCAAGACAAGUCCCUAGAGGAUAUCAAAGAAGCUGAAAGUGAAGAAGGCCCUGCGCUGAAGCCGGGAGAGGAAGCCCGCAGCUUGAUCUGCAACGAGUGCGGCAAGCGAUUCCGGAGCCAUGCGCAAGCCGAGUUUCACGCUUCCAAAUCCCAACACGUCGACUUUUCGGAAUCCACGGAAGAGAUUGCGGCAUUGACAGAGGAGGAGAAGAAGGCUAGACUUGAAGAGCUCAGGCAGAAACUAGCGGAGAAGCGGGCCGGGCAGUCAGAGCAGGAUAAGCUUGACAAGAAGAGAAAUGAGGAAAUUCGCAGAAAGAGCACCAAAGAAUCGCAGGAUAUUAAAGAAGAACUCCAGAGGAAGCAGAUGCUGAAAGAAGCGGAGCAGAAGAAGAAGGAGAAGCAAGCAGAUAUCGAAGCCAAGAAGCGCGUCAAGGCUAAGAUCGAGGCCGAUAGGGAAGAGCGACGCCUGAGGGCUGAGCGGGAGAGAGCAGAGCGUGCUGGCGUGGCACCCUCUGCUCCGCCAGCAGCAGCUCCGGCAGCCACCACGUCUGGUCCCGUUGCUUCGAAGCCCGCCUCGGCCUACACGGAGACUCGUUUGAGGUUCCAGACAUCGAAGGGAAAUAUCAUGAAGACGCUCCCAGUGACUACGACACUGUUCGAGGUCGCUGAAGCUUUGCAAAAGGAGGAUGGUAUUCAGGUGCACAGCUUUGCGCAGAACUUCCCUCGCAAGGUCUUCGACUCGGAAUAUUACGGAGAGUCACUGAAGGAUCUUGGCCUUAUUCCUAGUGCAAGCCUGGUUGUCCAGUGAUUCUAGCUACAUGUGUGACUUUAUGUCGGGGUAGAAAUAGCAACUGAAUGACGGUAUUCAUUACAUGAACCAGUCAAUGAUGAUGCGGAUGAUGAAUUUCUGAGAGGGUGCCAAAAAGGCAGAUUUAUGAAUGCCUGUUGUGGGCCACCAUGGAUAAUUCAAAUUUAGUACAGC